UCAAUUACGGUGCCUCGAGAGCACGUCCUGCACCUGUCGUGUUCUCUACCUGCCACCCCGGGGCUGACCAGAGUCGUCGCAGCCUUCGGCUCGGUACCAUUUCGAAGUGGUACUCGCGAGUGUUUAGCCCUAUCAUGGACACCUAUGUGAAAGUGACAUUGGUUUCGGCUGCGCUCCUCUCGCUAUGGGGACACUCGGACGCCGUCUGCUACUUCCCUCAGCAGUUCCAAGGCGAAUUCGUGAUGCAAACCACGACCAACUUAGGCACCGGAAUACAGUACACCACCGUCAACGUGACCUCGAUGUCAAUCCCCAUUUGGGGCAACUGCCACAAACGCAAAGGAAACAACAAUUUCAUACUCAUGCUCAACUACAGGGAAACAAGUUGUAUUCGUUGUUUACACCUGAAAUUGCGAUCCGCAAACGUUUUACAAGUGUUUGCGUUAAACCAGGAAAUUAUUUCGAAAUGUUACACAAACGAGGACUUAGCGGAAAAGAAUUGUCCUUCCGAAGAAUCUUUAGCGAAUCGUGAAGCGGCGGAAAUAUUGUUAUUCAAAAAGAACGGUUUGUAUACACGGAAAGAAUAUUGCCCGAUCGACGGAAAAUAUUCUAUCACAUAUACAAGUAAUAAUCCCUCGCAACCCAAUGAUUGCACCGGUUAUGACUCCAUUCUCGACUCCUGUCCUUCCGGAUCAAUCCUCAAUUUCCGCCUAAGGGGAUGUACGGCCAGUCCCAACUCUUUCGAUCUCAAAUUCGAAUGCAUGGCCAGCUGGAAGGGACCCAACAACGAGUAUUAUCUCAUCUUCGCUGACAAUAAUAGGCAAAUCGGGGGCCCGAAACCGAAAUAUCGAUGCGCUCUGUUUAACCACGAGUAUCGCACUGGCGACAUCCACAUGGCCUUAAGUCGUGACUCGACUUGCACCACUGACUUGAUCAACUCAACUCAUGGUUUUGAGACGUUUUCGCUGACGCCUCGUCAGGAGAACCCCUGGCCGGCCGAAACGUCCUUCGGGACUUGCACAUUCCCGAAAUGGAUGCACGGGAACUGGGAACACGUCCGUGUCGACUACGACACCAUGAUCUACCGCGACCACUCCUCGUUCAAAACAUACACGAUAAAAUGCGUUGGUGUUCAGGAAGAUGGGAGUAGAUACUUGAUUUUUAGUCGGACACAAUGCGAUGAGGAGCGGUACAACUGUAUGCGUAUUGUUAAGAGGAGUAACAAUAUAUUAGAAUUUCAAUUAGGUUCGAAAGCUAGUACAACCAAAGACGUGUUCGGACUGUGUUCCGACGAUAAUUUCCAAGACGACUCGUGGAUAACUCAAGGGCGCACCGAUGCCGUGGAAGAGACUUCUUCAGGUCGGUGCCCCAUUUCGGGCGAGUAUAUAGGUGUGAUCCCAGAUGGCGAAGACUUAUGUGCCAAAUUAUGGUCCGAUUGUGACACUUCCGAAUUGAUGUACUACCAAGUGUCACACUGUAAAACAAAUGAAGUCUAUGAAGAACGGGAAUACAGGUGUUUGGGCCACUGGCGCGAAUCGGAAUUUUUGUACACUUACACCCAAAGGCGCGAUGUUGCCGCAGGGACGUACGAAUGCUUCGUCGGUGUUAAAAUCUCAAACCGGGAAAUUUAUAUCAAGGAAGCCGGAGAACACUGUCAAAGACAUAUAGAUCCGCUGCAUUACGGCAUGCAGUUGAAUAAAACAAACAGUGUUUAUACAUGUAGCAGUUCAACUCCUCGGAACCCGCCUCGGACGUCAACGAGUCCCCGAAGACCCACUGUUAGCAUGUUACCAACAGUUAGAUCUACGACCAAAGUUUGGAAUUUCGAUACGGCAGGAGCUGAGACAAAGAAUAAUGACAAUGCAAGUUCAGCCAUCGUUAUUAAAUCGACGUCAUUGUGCAUAAUUGUAUAUAUACUUAAAAGUUUUAUGUAAGAAAACGAAUCGAGAGACUUGUAUUUAUUAGUUUUUCUUGCCAAAUUACUUAAUACUUUUAUACUUAAUUUAUUACUUUGCUCUGAGAGCAUCUGCCUUUAUAGUAGUGAUUACUAUACACUGUUGUGAUGUAAAUUAUUUGUAUUUAAAUAAAAUAAGUACUUAA